AUGACUUUAGCAAAGCACUGGAAGUAUAAUAAGGAUGAGGACAUUGUUUUGUCUAAUCUUAAGGGAUUAUGCCACUCUAAUCCAGCAGUUGGAUUGAUUCCAUCAGAAAAAGUGAUCUACAACCUUAAUUCUGAUACAUCCAAAAAGGUUACAUUGAUAAGUGGAGGGGGUGCUGGGCAUGAACCAUUACACGGGGGUUUUGUGGGUGAUAAAUUGCUCGAUGCCGCAGUCAGUGGUGCCAUUUUUGCAUCACCAUCGACAAAGCAAAUCAUGGCAGCAGUGAAGACCAAAUCCAACAAGGAUAAAGGAACCUUGAUCAUAGUGAAGAAUUAUACAGGAGACGUGUUGCAUUUUGGAUUAGUUGUAGAGAGGGCCAAAAGUGAAGGGUAUAACAUCGAUAUCUUAGCCGUGAGUGACGAUGUUGCGGUAGGUAGAAAACAAAAUGAGAUGGUAGGAAGAAGAGGCUUGGCCGGAACAGCAUUGAUUCAUAAGAUUUUGGGGGCAGCAUCUUCAGACAAUGCUGACUUGAAGUCAAUUGUCGAACUUGGGCAUCUUGUGAACGAUAAUAUGGUAACCAUUGGUGCUUCUUUGGACCGUACAUCGGUUCCUGGAAAGGCCAGUGAAGAAAUAGAAUUUACAGGUUCUGAUGAAGCUGAAUUAGGCUUGGGUAUUCAUAAUGAACCUGGGCAUAAAAUGAGCCCUAUUCCAAACAUCGAUGACUUAGUCAAAGAUAUGUUUUACAAGUUAUUGUCACCAGAAGAUGAAGAUCGUCAUUAUGUUGAUUUUGAUUUGAAGAACGAUGAAUUUGUUUUAGUAAUCAAUAAUAUUGGAGGCACUUCAUCUCUUGAGUUAUAUGCGAUUGCUGAGCAUGUAGUUCUGAACUUGCCAUUAUCCAAAAGACCAAAGCGUGUUUUGAUUAGCGACUUCGUUACAUCGUUGAAUUCGCCUGGUUUUUCUAUCACCUUAUUGAAUUUAUCGAAUAUCGCUAAGUCCAAGUCCAAAUAUUCUGAAUCAAAGGUAUUGGAAUAUUUGGACCUCCCAACCGAUGCUCCGGGAUGGAAACCAAAACUGUUUGAUGCAAACCAAUGGUCCAAUGAAAGUAAAUAUAUUGAAUCGCCAAUGGCCCAUGCCCAAAAGGUCUCUUCCUCCUUAAAGAUGGACUCCAAAUUAUUUCAAAAGGCGUUGACGGCAGCUUUACAAAAAUUAUUAAAAGCUGAACCUGAUAUCACACAUUAUGAUACCCUUGUGGGGGAUGGUGAUUGUGGUGAAACUUUAGCUAAAGGUGCAAAUGCUAUCUUAGAUGCUUUGAAGAAUGACCAAUCUUUCAAAGAUAACUUGAGUGAUCCGGCUUCUACUUUAUCUACUAUUACUGAAAUAGUUGAAGACAAUAUGGGGGGUACAUCUGGUGGUAUAUAUUCUAUUUUCUUGACUGCUUUAGUGAAGAAUAUUCAGGAUGCACAAGAAAUUACAACUGAAGCUUUGGGUAAAGCAUUUCACGGUGCUUUGUAUGAUGGAUUAUUUAAAUACACCAAAGCUCGUGUCGGGGGAAGAACACUUGUUGAUACUUUACAACCAUUUGUUGAUUCAUUGUCUAAGUCUAGUGAUGUUAGAGAAGCAGUAAAAGCCGCUAGAAAGGGUUGUGAAUCUACCAAAGAUUUACAAGCUAAAUUUGGUAGAGCAAGUUAUGUCAGUGAUGAAGAAUUUAAAGACGGUGAAAUUCCAGACCCUGGUGCUGUUGGAUUGUUAGCUCUCAUUGAAGGUUAUGUUGAAGCCUUAUCUAGUUAG